AUGGAAAGACUGUUCCCUAAAUUUGCAAACCCAACAACACUCCAUAAAACACUUUUACUUUCUCUUCCACAAAGAACAUCAUCAUUGAAAAAUUCGCUUGAGGUGUUUUCUAAACACAAUGUAAACCUCACCAAGAUUGAAUCUCGCCCCAAUAGGCUUAAUAAGAAGGUCAUUGAUUUUGUUCUAGAUGUUGAUGAAAACACAAAUAAGGAGGUUGUUGAUUUAGCAAUUAAGGAAAUGUUAAGUUUAAAAGUCUGUGAAAGCGUGAAAUACUUGGGUUUUGAAAAUAAUGUUCCAUGGUUUCCUACCAAGAUUUCAGAUAUCGACUUCUUUACAAGGGAAUGUUUAGAAGCUGGAGGUGAACUUCAAAGUGAUCAUCCUGGUUUUAAUGAUAUCGAAUACCGAGAACGAAGAAAAAAGAUUUCUGACAUUGCUUUGAAUUACAAACACGGUACGCCAAUUCCAAGAAUCGAUUAUACUGAAUCUGAAAAUCAAACUUGGAAAAUAAUUUACACCAAGCUCACAAGUCUUUAUCCAAAAUAUGCUUGUGAACAAUACUGCUCUUUGUUUCCCUUAUUCGAGCAAAAUUGUGGCUUUUCCCCGGAAACAAUUCCACAAUUAGAGGAUGUUAGCACGUUUUUGUCCUCAACUACAGGUUUCAAAAUUAGACCUGUUUCUGGUUUACUCACAGCACGUGACUUUUUGAACGCUUUGGCAUUUCGCGUUUUUCAUAGCACUCAAUACAUUCGCCAUCACUCGAAACCAUACUAUACCCCUGAACCAGAUGUCGUUCACGAACUACUUGGUCAUGUCGUGUUGUUGUGUGACCCAGAUUUUGCUGAUUUUUCACAGCAGAUUGGAUUGGCCUCUCUUGGUGCGAGCGAUGCCGAAAUCGAUCGCCUCGUUCGGUUGUAUUGGUAUACUGUUGAAUUUGGUGUUGUUAAGGAAGACGCUCAAAUUAAAGCAUAUGGUGCUGGUUUGCUAAGCAGCUUUGGUGAGCUGGAAUAUAGCUGCACAGGUAGAUCGGCAGAAACAGAUCAAGUGCCACAGUAUCUUCCUUUUGUGCCAGAAGAUGCAGCCAUGAGACCGUAUCCUAUUACUCACUACCAACCAGUCUAUUACGUUGUUCAAAGUCUUGAAUCCUGUAAGGAUCUGAUACGGAGAUUUGUAAACAAUUCCACUGAAAGACCUUUCCAACUUAAAUUUAACCCCUACACUCAGACAGUUGAUAUACUCGAUAGCCAAGACAAAUUGAUUCAACUCACCAAGUCUAUUCAGAAUAAUCUUGAUUUGCUCAAGUCUUCACUUGCAAAAAUGGGUAAUCUCAAAAUGAAUUUAGAGAAAGAGAUUAACAAUUCAAAUUGA